AAAUAAUUUCGUUUCUUGUUUUGCCGCCUAGUUGUCGCGAUUGGUUCAUGCGGUUUCCGAUGGUUUACCUUCACGCACACCCGAAAACAAAAUUUGUUUCGUUAACCAAAUGCGCUGGUUUUUCUCGUAGACGCAGUGCCCUUUGAUGUCGCUGCCGAGUUGACUAUAUUGUAACAUGGCUGCAGUUUACUUAAGGUCCGUUUUCGAGUACGUCUACAAGCGCAAAUUUCUCCGGCUCGGCGUACCGUUCAUGGUCUUCAUGAUUGGUGGAUCUAUAGGCCUUAAGCAGUUUACUUCACUACGCUACGAGUUCAGGAAACAAGAGUUCACAAAAGAGGAUGCCGAAGCAGCUGGCAUCAAAAUGAAGGAACCCGAGGAGGUCUCUAUAGAAGCCAUCUACAAGGAGGUACAGUCCAUUGACAUUGACAACUGGAAGAAUGUUCGUGGGCCCCGGCCGUGGGAGGAGGGCAACGAGUACAACAAGCUUCUCAAAGAGCGUCAAACGAUGAAGCAGCAGUCUGGAAAGUCAUAAUACCUAGUCUAUAGAAUUGUAGGAAUGAACAUUACGCUGUACAGUUACCUGGCCACAUUUCAUUGUUGGGCUGAAAUAAAGUGCUGCUUGUUUUUGUGUA